UCCCCCCGGUGCUCCCGCCCCUCGGCUCCGCCCAUCCCGGUGUCCCCGCCCCUGGUGUCCCCGCCCCCGCCGCGGCGGGCAGGACCGUGCGGGCUGCGGGCUGGCACCGGGCCCGCCCAGCACCGGACCGGCACCGGCACCGGCACCGGCAUCAGCCCCGAGCCCGGCCCAUGGCGGCUCCGGCAGCGGUGGCCGCCGGAGGCAGCCGGUGAGCCCAGGCCGGAGCGGGCGGCGCGGCCGGUGACACUGCCGGUGGCACGGCCGGUGACACUGCCGGUGACACUGCCGGUGACACUGCCGGUGGCACGGCCGGUGGCGCGGCGGGACCAUGCAGGCGGAGGCCAGAGCGGAAUUCUGCAGCCGGGACCAGCGCCCUGAGCUUGGCAAGGAGCCGCUGGUCCCGGAGCGCCCCGCAGGGACCCCCACGCACGGGCCGGCCCAGGAGACCCCCCGAGUCCCCGCGGAGGAGCAGGGGGGCAUCCCCAUCCCCAGCGCCGGCCUGCUGCAGGUCACCGAGCGCCGACAGCCCCUGAGCAGCGUGUCCUCGCUGGAGGUGCACUUCGACCUGCUGGACCUGACGGAGCUGACGGAUAUGUCGGACCAGGAGCUGGCCGAGGUCUUCGCCGACUCCGACGAGGAGAACGCGGCCGGAGAGCCGCCCGGCGGGCUGCAGCCGCCGGCGGCGCCCCGGGCCGGGUACCUGCGCUCGCCCUCCUGGACCCGCGCUCGGGAGCAGGGCCGCGACAAGAAGCACCUGAGUGACCCCGAGCUGCCGCCGGGACCCCCGGGACCCCCGGACGCCUUCCUGCCCGCCGAGCGCCCGCGGGAGCCGUAGGGACCAAACCCGCCGGGGAGACCGGGACACGCCGGUGCUGGUCCCGUCGGUACCGAUGGAGCCCGUCCCCGGGCGCAGGACUCCCGUUAGCCCGCCCGGAGGGCAGAGGCGGCCCCAGCCCCGCGGCGGGGACGUACCGGGCUGCCCUCAGCCGGUGGCCCGCGGUCCCGGGGGGAAACCGGGCCGGCCCCCGGGAGCGGCACGGCCGUGGUUGCCGGGAGCGGCGGAUGGGGCAGGACGGGACGGGUCGCACGGCUCAGCGCGGCCCGAUGGAGCGCGGCCGGUGCCGGUGCCCGCCCGGUUCUGAUGUAGCAGUGCUGUGAUCCGGUAAAACCGACCGACCGACCCAC